AUGGAAGAAGUAACGCGCAUUGACACACACUCUCUCUCUCAUCCGUCACCUUCACAGCCCCAUUCCAUUGAUCUAUUCGAACUUGGCGAAUUGAGUCAAUCUACACCCUCACGUCCAGCGAGGAGCUUCAUGGAGAUGAAACUCGGCUGGAUUCUUGAUCUCUGGCCUUAUUAUGCUGCCAUGUUCCUCGGUCUCCUCUACUGCUCUUGUCUACUGUACCCCCUCUAUGUGAUCUACAAACCACCCCGUCGGCUCAUCGCCUACUUUCAGCGUCGGUGGCCCGACGUGCUCUUUUGCUUGCCCGUCAAGCAAAAAGUGGUUGCUUUGACCAUCGAUGACGCUCCCUCGGUGCACACCUCUGAGAUCCACGCCCUAUUACAGUUAACCGAGGCCACGGCGACAUUCUUCGUCAUCGGGUCGCAGGUUGCGGGCCAUGCAGGCCAUUUGAUCGAUCUCGUCCGUGACGGCAACGAAUUAGCCAACCACGCCAUGUACGAUGAACGGUCUCGUUCGCGGAGUGAUGCAGAUCUCACGGAGCAGGUCGCCUCGGUCGGGGACAUGAUUCACGAUAUCUACAGGCAGGCUGGUCGGCCCGAUGGACCGGAGAACUGGUUCUUCAGGCCGGGUUCGGGAUUCUUCAGCACGAGGAUGCGCAAGCUCGUGAGCCAGAUGGGGUACCAGCUCGCUUUGGGAAAUGUGUAUCCUCAUGAUGCGCAGAUCCCAUUUGCCACCCUGAAUGCAAGGCACAUCCUCAGUCAGAUUAGACCGGGGAGUGUUGUCGUGUGUCACGACCGGAGAAGAUGGACGCUUCCCAUGCUGGAAAUCGUCCUGCCGGAGUUGCGUCGCCGAGGGUAUCGGGUGGUCACAUUAUCCGCUUUAUUGAGAGAAAGAACCUCGGGUCGGUCAUGA